AUGGCAAAGGUGGAAUAUGUGACUAUGGAUAUCGGUUUUGGCACUGCUUUGACGACGAACAGCAACCUCUCUCGGACCACCAGUGAGCGGCCGAAUAAUUGGGAAUGGACUCUGGGUCGACCUUGGGUCUACCGGCCUGCAGCAUGCACACAUGCACCCCUGUCCAUUGAUGGAGACCGCCUGAACCGUGCAGCUCGAACAAUUUGGUGCACUGGGCAGACGUCGUUGCGACAGCCGCCACUGGCAUGUGGGAGUUUUCUCCGACAGGUGCUCGGUCUAGCAGCUGUAACAACAACACCGUACACCGCCAGAGUCGACGUCCGGGUAGAUGCAUGGACACGCGCACAACUUCCUCACGAGACAGCCACAUCUCAGAGAACUGGCUGCUUGCAUGUCUCCGUCGAUCUCAGGACGUCACCUCGCACUGACGGCACGCCCGAUCUGGCGGCUCGCUUUCCUGUUGACGUCUCCUACUGCAGAGCUAGAACCCACCACCAGCCGGCUUGGACUGCGACAUGGGUACAGUUUGGGGUAGUCGCUCCGAUCGCUGCCGAGAGCGUGCCCAAGGGCGGUACUUGCCACCCUACAAUUCCCGACUACAUACCUAUUUCAGGGUCCUUCGCUAGUCCCCACUGCUUAGACUGCGCAACAACUCCACCAGGACGGCUUGUCGCGUGGACUUCGAACACAGGAGGAUCUAGUUCCAUUCAACAGACCUCCUCUGGCGAGUACGGCGUGUCUACGAGCAAAGGCAAUAUUGACAAAGCGCUUACAACGAUUUUAUCCUGGCUUGGGGAUCUCGAAAAUGACGUGGGCCGUGGCUUCACGCCCAACGUCUACGGAUUUGCGUUCGAGAAGCAGACGAAGAAGCCCGCUGCAACCAAUCCAAACGGCCUUUGA